UAAGCAACCAAACCAACGAGUGUUAGAGAGAGAAACUUAAAUAAAAAAUAAAAAGAACAAACAAAAGAGAAGAAGAAGAAGAGAGGAGAGAAGCAGAGAGGCGCCAUUGCUGGAUCUCUCCACAGAGCAAUCGCAUCAUCGACUCUUAUUUUUUGGAAACUAUUAUAUCUUCUCACAUUAUCGAAAUCGAAAACAGAAAACCCUAAUUUGGUUUUGUUUGUGUUUGUUGCUUCUAUAAAUUCUCUCCUCAACAAAUUUUUUAUUAUUUUAUUCCGGUUUUGCCCUUCUUGCUUUUUUUCUCUCUGAUCAUCAUCGGCAUCCUUUGUCAGAUCGCGCAAGAAACCCUAGUUCUUUUUGUUCUCUUCAUGGCAAGCACAGUUAACGCUUCGAUAUCAUCGUCGACCCCCACCAUUAAUGAUCACUCCCCUCGUCAUUCCCUUUCAGAAAAUCAUAAUACAUCACGCCGUGGCGGUUCAAGGGUUGUCCCUUCCCCUUCCACGUCAUCUCCUUGGACUCAAAUCUUUCGUGGCGAAUCUGAUUCAAUCGCAGUUAUGCCUUCUUCUCCGUCGGCAAGGGAUUCCAUAAUGGCUGUGGCUUUAACCGAACAACCAGGGGUGAUGGUUAGUUCUUCUUCCCUAACAACUUCUUAUUUGCUUCCGGAAGGUGAGGGUCUAGAUGACUCUAACGGCAAUGCCGGUAAGAGGCCUGCCUGGAGCAAGCCGUCUAAUGGGGCUGUUGAGGUUGGGCCUGUCAUGGGUGCUGUGUCGUGGCCUGCUUUGUCUGAGUCAGCUAGGGCUUCAGGGAAACCCUCCCAAGAUUCACCUAAAGGUUUAGCUGAUGGAUCAUCGUCUGUCCCGGUUAUUCAGGGACCUGCUAGUCCAUCCUCAUCUUCACAGAAACAAGUUAGCAAUAAUGCAAAUCCUAAUUCAACUCCAAACCACACAGUGCCAGCGCGGCAAAGGUCAAUGAAGCGUAAUAGUGCUAACACGUCUUCUAAUGGUGGCACUUCCCAGCCACCAGGAUCACAGCCUCUGAUAGGAGAAGUUCAUUCAAAUAACCCCUCUCCUAGAGAUCAUUCACAAAGGAAUUCACAGUCCCGUAGUGCUAAUGAUCACCCACAGCAGCAGCGCAAUUCUUUCAGGCGCAAUGGUGGGCCACAUUCUCGUGGAGAUGGUUCUCACCAUCACAAUUAUGGGGGUAGGCGCGAUCAAGAUCGCUCAAAUCAGGAUUGGAGCAGUCAUAGAAAUUUCAAUGGUAGAGAUCCUCAUAUGCAGCAACAGAGAGUUGUGCCAAGGUUUAUGAGGCAUCCACCACCUCCACCGCCGCCACCUACUACAGCCCCUUUUAUUGGACCCCCACCAGUGCGGGGCUUUGGGAGUCCCAUUGGGUUCCAUGAAUUGGGAUCUCCUGUGUACUAUGUUGCUGGUCCACCUCCAGACCCUCUAAGAGGUGUCCCUUUUGUUGCGGCCCCAUUACCUCCUCAUGCAAUGUAUUUCCCUGCUCCAGACCUUCAGUUGCAUUCUAAGAUAGUGAAUCAGAUUGAUUAUUAUUUCAGUAAUGAAAAUUUAAUUAAAGAUACAUUCUUGCGGCAGAACAUGGAUGACCAGGGCUGGGUACCUAUUAAAUUAAUAGCGGGCUUCAACAAAGUUUCACACUUGACUGACAAUGUCCAGCUUAUAUUGGAUGCUAUAAGAAAUUCAACUGUUGUGGAAGUCCAGGGAGAUAAAGUAAGGAGGCGAAAUGAUUGGAUGAGAUGGAUUAUGCCCCCUUCUGUCCAGUUUCCAAAUGUCUCAGUUCCUGCUUCACCUGGGAGGUCCAGUCAUGACAUGCUGGCAGCUCAUGUCCAUAGUAUUUCAUUGGAGGAGACUGCCUCUAGCCACAGCAGUGGAAGGAGUCAAGCAGAUUUUCAUAAUGAGGCAUUUCUUGGUAGAUCAUUAUCCGAUGUGAAUAGCCAGUUGCAUAUAUCCAGUGCUGAAGGAUCUGGCUGGGUCAGUGUACAAGGAGGUUCGGGUGCAUCUACACUAGCAAGAACUUCGAGUAAGUAAAAUGUGUGCUAAUGCACAUUUUACUGGAACUUUUGGUGGAAAGUGGGGGGUGAGAGCUUUUUGAUUACACUGGUGGAUGUCUCACAUUUUCUUGAUGAUAUGGUCUUGCCUUGGCACGAUGAAACAUGUUUCUCGUGUGGGGCAAUUAGGAAGACAAUUAGAAGGAAAACAAAAGAAAACAACUUUUAAAGACAGAAAAAAACAAAAAAAAAAAAAACUAAAACGGAAAAGAUCAAAAAAAAAAAAAAAAAAAAAAAAAAAAAA